CGUAGCACUUCAAGCACUGCCGCAGCAAUUAGCACGCUGAUCCGCUCUGCUAAUGACUGUUCCAUGAUGAUGCGCAUUCAGUCUCAUAUCCCGGAACAGGGCUUACAUCACCUCUCCUAUGAGGUAGUUCUCACUUGCUCAUCAUCAUCUAAUAAAUAGCCCUUAUCCAUCCAUCCAGUUCGCAUAGUCAAAAUUCUCAGGCUUGGUGUUUGACCCAAAGGAUCUGCUCAAUAUUUACAUUCACGUUGGUGUAUUAGUGACUUCUAUGCAACACAGAUCAAUGCUGGUUGAUGUUUAACUGCUGACUGAGAAACAGCCAAACACCGGCCAAGCCUCUUGCAUCGUCCAUUUGUGUCCUCCUCAAUUUAGGAGUGGAUCAACAUUCUCUCUUUUUUUGACGUCUGGCUGCUAGGACAUGGACUACAGACUCCUACUCACACUCCUACUGCUUUGCCUCUGCAGACAAGGAUGGACAGACGAUGACACCCAGGACUUAUUACAGGACGCGAAGAUCCCAUUGGUGCCCCUCAUCCCCUUGAUGCCCAGUAAGCCAAUCGAGGACUUUGAAACUCCAACAACCUCGGAGGCCGCACAGCCAGCUCGAUCGGCAGACGGUGGCGGCUCAGAGGAGUCAGGCGAUGGCCUGUGUGGCGAGCUCUCCAGCAAGGAGCUGAAGGAGGCUGUGGGCCAGGCCAUCAUGAAGCUGGGCCUCACGCUCCUGGGGAAGAUGCCCACGGGCCCCACGCAGCCCAACGUCAUCAUCUCACCGCUCAGCCUCUCCCUGGGGCUGUCCCAGCUGGCACUGGGAGCUGUAAAUGAGACGCAGCAGCUGCUGAUGGAGCAUUUGCAUGCGGACACGCUUCCCUGCUACCACAAGGCUCUCAGCAGCCUCCUCUACCACCUCCAGAAGAGCAACACGCAGAUUGCCACCCGCAUGUACACGCAGCAAGGAUUUCAGCCCAAACAAGAAUUUGUCCAGGUGUCGCAGGAGACGUAUGGCUCUGAGCCAGAGGUGUUCACCAGUAUAGAUGAGGUGAAUGAGUGGGUGGAGAAGGCCACCAGCGGACAGGUGACAAACUUCCUCUCCAGCCUUCCGUCCAACCUGGUGCUGAUGCUCAUUAACGCUGUACACUACAAAGGAAAAUGGAAGACAUAUUUUGAUCCCAGACACACCUCCAAUGACCUUUUCUACAUUGACAACAAGCACAUUGUGAGUGUGGAGAUGAUGGUAGAACCCAAGUAUCCCCUGCAGCUUCUCAUUGAGAACGAUCUCGAUGCUCAGGUUGCUCGGCUGCCAUUUAAAGACCAGAUGAGUCUCGUUAUAGUGCUGCCCAUGUCAGGAAGGGUAAACAUCUCAGCCAUAGCAGCAAAGCUCAACACAUCAGACCUCUACUCCCGAUUCCCAAAGGAGAGGAGCAUGCAGGUCCGACUGCCGAAGUUUAAACUGGAGUACGGCCAAGAACUGGAGGAGGCCCUAACGGAAAUGGGUUUGGGAGAGCUGUUUGCCAAUCCAAACCUGUCUGGCAUUUCGGACACCCCGCUGCAAGUGUCCAGCGUCCAGCACAAGACCAGCUUGGAGGUCACGGAGGAAGGGGCAGAGGCGGCGGCAGCCACCAGCGUCUCCAUCUCGCGCUCCAACCCCACCUUCAGCGUCAACCAGCCGUUCUUCUUCGCCCUCAUGGACGACCUGUCAUUAAUGCCCGUCUUUGUGGGAGUGGUCACCAACCCCAAUCCCGAGGCCCAGCCCAUGGAGUCGUCGCCAUCACGACCUGAUAAAAUGGGCUUCCCAUUCCCAGACAAGCUGGACAAGCAGUACCUUCACUCUAAUUCCCACCCUCCCAAGUGAAAUGGAUAGGAGGCCUCUCUGUUACAACUCGUGUUUGAAGGAGAUCACCUUUAAUUCGCCAUUGCUCCACUGAUGAUGAACAACUGGAAUGGUCCAUUGAAAUACAUAGGCUACAUUCAAGUCCAGACCAACUCUCCCUGCAAAAACUGAUGAAGACACACUGAGGUUGUUUGUGAAUGUUGUCUGCUAAUGAUAUAUUUUCAAAUUGUGAAAGUAAACCCCCAAUUUAAAAACGUGUUUUUUUAGGUUGUAAUUAAUUUUUAUUAGCCUAAUUACAAUACAUCAUGGAAAAGUGAAUAAAUGUUGCUUUUGCCCUUUUUUUGGCAUGUAAGUAGAUGACAACUGAAACCUUUGAUAAUAAACAUUAUUGCCAUAUAAUUA